GAUUAUUAAGGAACCGGGAUUGUGACGUCACGGCUUUAAAAGUGCGGGGAGCGAGUGGAGCGCGCGCAGAGACAAGCAUGACUCCUGCAAUAUCAGCAUAGUGGACCUGAAGGACAAGCUGCUGAGGAUGGCCUGCUCCUAUUUAGAGAUAGAUGAUGAGGACAAAGGGUAUGCACUGAGCCUCUUUUGUAUACCCAAACACUACGAAGAGGACUUGGACAGUGUUAUCAUUCCCAAUGGUCUCAUAAAGGAUAGGACAGAGCGCUUGGCCAGAGAUAUUGUUCGUGAUAUGGGAGCACAACAUAUUGUGGCCCUGUGCGUGCUGAAAGGAGGGUAUACAUUCUUUGCAGACCUGCUGGAUUACAUUAAGGCACUGAAUCAGAACAGUGACAAGUCUGUGCCGCUGACCGUGGAUUUCAUUAGGCUAAAGAGCUACUCCAACGACCAGUCGACAAACUCUGUAAAGGUUAUUGGAGGGGACGAGUUAACUGCUCUCACUGGAAAGAAUGUGCUUGUGGUCGAGGAUAUUAUAGAGACUGGGAAGACAAUGGAAACUCUGCUGACGUUAUUAAAUGACUGUCAACCCAAGAUGGUGAAAGUGGCCAGCCUACUUGUGAAAAGGACACCAAGAAGCUCAGGAUAUCGUCCUGAUUACUUUGGUUUUGAGGUUCCUGAUAAAUUCCUGGUGGGAUAUGCUCUAGACUACAACGAAUAUUUCAGGGAUUUGAAUCACAUCUGUAUACUAAGUGACCAGGCAAAAGAAAAGUACAAAGUAUGAGCAGAGUAUAAACUGCUGGAUGCAUGAAGACUGAGACCACUGUGACCCCUUUCUCUCAUAGUUGUGUUCCUACAUUCUACUUUUUCUUGAAGGAGUACUUCACUUAACAAAAGGCCAAAGAUUUUGGAGAAUGAAAGGGCGACUGGAAAAUAUGAUUUUGUUCAGAAUUAGUAGGCCUAGAGUUAAUUCAUGUUAGUAACAUAUAAAUAUGACAUUAUUAGGAACUAUUGUUUCACGUGUAUGUUUUUAUUUAUUCCUAUGGAGGCCUUAGGAUGUACUUGAUUUUUAAAAAAUGUUCUAAAAGACAAUAUGUCAGUUAUAUGGCAGUGGUUCAGAGAGAAAGAAAAGACAUUUUAUUUAGUGUUAUGAAUUCAGUGCAUGACUGUACAUUAUGUUACACCUGCUAAUACUGUAAAGUGUAUUUAUCAUAUACAAGAAAAGAUGAAAAUGAUCUCUUUUUUUUUGUAAAGUCAGGAUGAUCUUGUAAUAACACAGAGACCUCCUGAAUUACUGCAAUAAAGUAAUCCUAAUGUGCGUGUGUGUUUUUUCUUUUUUUUUUUUUUUUUGGCUUUAUUAUAUGAGUAUAAAUGAAAAGAAUGUGUUUUGUUCUGAACUGUAGUUAUUUUUAAAAUUCUUUUGCUAGGAGCCAUGGCACUGUUAAUGAGAGGAAAACAAUUUCAGCUAAGCAGAAUGAGGAAAUCAUUUACUGAAUAAACAGAAAUUGUGCUA